UUAGUGGGCUGAGUAAUAACUUUCCAUUCAUCCAAAAAAUGUCGGGUUACAAGGUAGCCCUUGCCUGUCUAAAAUGUGGAAAUAUCAUAAGUUACAAGUCCUGCAAAGUGGGGGAGACUCAUUACGAUGUCCUCUUAACCACCACCUACAACUUGCACCUGGAGGACAAGAUCCGGAUAACGAAUGGCGAAAAGUUCCAGAACGUAUUCUGUUCGAAGUGCGGCAUGGAGCUGGGCCUCUUUUGUUUGGAAAGUGAUUUGAAUCAACAGCUGAAAGGAGUCACGCUGCUGCAGAAGGCCCUGCUCGUUGUUUAUGAUUCGUAUGAGGUGCCGUUCGAGUUGCCUUGAACCCUUGAAUAAAGUCAACACGACGGGAUUAACAAUUUAA